AUGAGGGGAAAGGCCUUUUCGGGAAAGGCUGCGUUUGUGCUUUGUAUUGCUAGCUUUCUUGCUGGUUCGCUCUUCACCAGCUGUACCUAUUAUUGGGCUCACCAUGAUCAUGCUCUGUCACUGUCCCAAACAGAUCAAUCUACUUUUCUAAUAACAAGGCCUCGGGACUGUGACCACAAGAGAAAAUUGGUGGAAAGAAAAUCUGAAGAUGUCAUGGAUGAAGUUACGAAAACCCAUCACGCUAUCCAAUCACUAGAUAGAACGAUCUCGACGCUGGAAAUGGAGCUAGCAGCAGCCAGAACAAGGCAUAACGGAAGACCAGAUUCUCUCACAUACAACUACAGUACUACUAGUAGUACUACAAAGAAAGCAUUCGUGGUGAUCGGAAUCAAUACGGCAUUUAGUAGCAGAAAACGAAGAGACUCACUUCGGGAAACGUGGAUGCCAAGAGGGGAGAAUCUGAAGAAGCUAGAGAAGGAGAAAGGGAUAGUGAUAAGAUUUGUGAUAGGGUACAGCGCCACCCGAGGUGGAGCACUAGACAGAGCCAUCGAGGCAGAGGAGGCAGAGCACAGAGAUUUCCUCAGGCUGAACCACGUAGAGGGAUAUCACCAGCUCUCCACCAAGACCCGACUCUAUUUCUCGACCGCCGUCUCGCUCUGGGACGCUUUCUUCUACGUCAAGGUCGACGACGAUGUCCACCUCAAUGUGGCCACCCUUCUAACCACGCUCGCUAAGCACCGCUUCAAGCCCAGAAUCUACAUUGGCUGCAUGAAGUCUGGCCCUGUUCUGUCUCAAAAGAGCGCCAAGUACCAUGAGCCAGAACAUUGGAAAUUUGGGGAAGAAGGCAAUAAGUAUUUCAGGCAUGCCACUGGUCAAAUCUACGCCAUAUCUAAGGACCUUGCUUCCUACAUCUCUAUCAAUCUGCCCAUUUUGCAUAGAUAUGCAAACGAGGACGUGUCAUUGGGCUCCUGGUUCAUAGGCCUUGAAGUGGAGCACGUCGAUGACCGGUCUAUGUGUUGUGGGACACCUCCAGAUUGUCAAUGGAAAGCACAAGAGGGGAAUGUUUGUGCGGCGUCGUUUGAUUGGCAGUGCAGUGGGAUAUGCAAUUCGGUAGAAAGAAUGAAAAUGGUCCACAACUCUUGUGGAGAAGGAAACGGUGCCGUUUGGAGUGUUGAUAUAUGAUAAAUAUUCAUUGCUAAGCACGCUCUUUAACUCUUAUUUAUUUUUUA